AUGACCUCUCAAGAACGCGUCGUUCGCCAGCCCCCGCAAUACGGGGGCUUCGAGGAUACUCAGGAGGAGCUGGAUUGGUACGGUAGCAACCCUGAAGGCAUUGAUCGGGAUCGUCCUCUGCCAGAGGUUCUCUCGGAAGACGAUAUGGCCCUGCUGCAGGAGAAGGAUGAGAGUGACCCCAGUGAUGCUGAGUGGAGUCGCGGCACGUACUCUGACGCGUCUAGAUCGCCGUCGCCACCAUUCAACACCCUCCCUAUCUUCUACCACCCCCCUAUCAAGCGGAAGGCCUCUGUUAGCCUUGAUAAGCAGAAAGAGCCGCGAAAGGGGACCAAACGUAGCAAACUCGCGCCUGUGAUACCCUCGAAGGUCGGGCUAAUUACCGAAUCAUACCCCGAAACUAUAAAUCCUUAUCGAAUUAUACCCCUAAUUACUGAAUUAUACCCCUACAUUAAAAUUUGA